AUGGAUUUUUUCAAUUCUUCUUCUUCAAUUCUUCUUCAGGGGAAUUCUUCUUCAAUUCUUCUUCAUGGAUUCUUCAUUUGUUCAACUUCUUCUUCUAAAUUCUUCUUCAUAGAUUCAUUUUCAAUUCUUCUUCAGGGAUUCUCUUCUUUCAAUUCUUCUUCUUCAAUUCUUCUUCAUUCUUCUUCAAUUCUUCUUCAUGCACUCUUCUGCAUGGAUUCUUCUCAAUUGUUGGAUUCUCUUUCAUGGAUUCUUUUCAAUUCUUCUUCUUCAAUUCUUCUUCAGUUCUUCUUCUUCUUCAUGCAUUCUUCUGAUUCUUCUUCUCCAAUUGUUGUUCACAGAUUCUGCUUAAAUUCUUCUUCUUCAUUUUCAAUUCUUCUUCAGGAUUCUCUAUCAUGGAUUCUUUUCAAUUCUUCUUCUUCAAUUCUUCUUCAGGGAUUCUUCUUCAAUUCUUCUUCAUGCAUUCUUCUGCAUGGAUUCUUCUCAAUUGUUGUUCACAGAUUCUUCUUCUUCAUAGAUUCUUUUCAAUUCUUCUUCAGGAUUCUUUAUCAUGGAUUUUUCUUCUUCUUCUUCUUCUUCUUCUUCAAUUCUUCUUCAUGCAUUCUUCUGCAUGGAUUCUUCUCAAUUGUUGUUCAUUUCUGCUUAAAUUCUUUCUUUUCAAUUCUUCUUCAGGAUUCUUUAUUUUUUUCUUCAAUUCUUCUUCUUCUUCUUCAGGGAUUCUUCUUCAAUUCUUCUUCAUGCAUUCUUCUGGAGAUUCUUCUCAAUUGUUGUUCACAGAUUCUUCUUCUUCAUAGAUUCAUUUUCAAUUCUUCUUCAGGGAUUCUUUAUCAUGGAUUUUUCCAUUCAUUCUUCUUCAAUUCUUCUUCAGGGAUUCUUCUUCAAUUCUUCUUCAUGCAUUCUUCUGCAUGGAUUCUUCUCCAAUUGUUGAAUUCUUCUUCUUCUUCAUGCAUUCUUCUGCAUGGAUUUUCUCUUGUUGUUCAGAUUCUGCUUAAAUUCUUCUUCAUAGAUUCAUUUUCAAUUCUUCUUCUUCUCUAUCAUGGAUUCUUUUUCAAUUCUUCUUCAAUUCUUCUUCAGCUUCUUCAUUCUUCUUCAUGCAUUCUUCUGCAUGGAUUCUUCUCCAAUUGUUGUUCACAGAUUCUGCUUAAAUUCUUCUUCAUAGAUUCAUUUUCAAUUCUUCUUCAGGGAUUCUUUAUCAUGGAUUUUUCUUCAAUUCUUCUUCUUCAAUUCUUCUUCAGGGAUUCUUCUUCAAUUCUUCUUCAUGCAUUCUUCUGCAUGGAUUCUUCUCCAAUUGUUGUUCACAGAUUCUGCUUAAAUUCUUCUUUCAUUUUCAAUUCUUCUUCAGGAUUUAUCAUGGAUUUUUUCUUCUUCUUCUUCAAUUCUUCUUCAGGGAUUCUUCUUCAUUCUUCUUCAUGCAUUCUUCUGAUUCUUCUCAAUUGUUGUUCAAUUCUGCUUAAAUUCUUCUUCAUAGAUUCAUUUUCAAUUCUUCUUCAGGGAUUCUCUAUCAUGGAUUCUUUUUCAAUUCUUCUUCUUCAAUUCUUCUUCAGGGAUUCUUCUUCAAUUCUUCUUCAUGCAUUCUUCUGCAUGGAUUCUUCUCCAAUUGUUAUUCAUUUUCAAUUCUUCUUUAAGUAUUCUCUAUCAUGGAUUUUUCUUCAAUUCUUCUUCUUCAAUUCUUCUUCAGGGAUUCUUCUUCAAUUCUUCUUCAUGCAUUCUUCUGCAUGGAUUCUUCUCCAAUUGUUAUUCAUUUUCAAUUCUUCUUCAGGGAUUCUCUAUCAUGGAUUCUUCUUCAAUUCUUCUUUAAGGAUUCUUCUUCUUUUAGACUUCUUUAUUCACUUUCUUUUAGGACGUUUCUUUAAUUCUUCUUCAAGGAUUCUUCUUCAUUACCUCUUCUUGACAUUUUCCUCAAUUACUAUCUAUGCUUCAUUAAUUCUUCACCUGCUCCUUGUCUUUAAUUCUCCUUCCUGUCGUCUUUCUUUAAUUCUUAUUCUAGAGUUUUUCUUCAUUUCUUUGUCUAUGAUCUCUAAUUCUGCCAUCUUUCUUCAUCAGUGCUUCAUCUUAUUUCUUCUUUUAAUUCUUUUUCAUUUUUUUCUUCCUUCUUUAUUGUGUUUUCUCCAUUUCUUUUUCCUUUAUCUUAUCAUUCAUCUUCUUCUUCUCCCAUCUCAAAAUCAAUUCUCCUAUAUUCUUCAUCUUCCUCCCAACCUUUCUCCAUCUCCUCUCCCUCAAUCUUUUGUUUCUCUUUCUUCACCCCAACGUCUUUCUUCUCUUCUCCACAAUAAACAUGCAGCCCUUCUUCUUUUCUUUCUUUUGUCAACAACAUGUUACUACACACCAACCACCCUCACCUUUCCUCACCCCCUCCUCUAUGAAGAAUAUUAUUCCAACAAACCAUAUUAG